AUGUCCGAGCAAUUGAACACAAUUCCAGUAAGCAGAUCACUUUUGAAUGACAAGUGGGACGUUGUCCUAUCGAAUCUAGUGGUCAAGAGCGGUUUGGGCCUAGGAGCCGGAGUGGUGGCUUCCGUAUUAUUUUUUAGACGCCGCGCUUUUCCAGUUUGGAUUGGCGUGGGAUUCGGUCUCGGAAGAGGUUAUGCCGAGGGUGAUGCGAUUUUCCGUUCUUCUGCCGGUUUGAGAACUGUGAAAGCCUAA